AGAAAACUCUUUUAGGAUUAUUCACCUUCAAUUUUCUUGGAACAAAUGCCAUUGAAUUACCGCUUAAUUUGUAGUGUUUCCGAUUCCACCAUUUGGAAUUAGUCUUCCUCUCUUCUUCUUUUUUAUUGAGGAUUCCAGGUUUCUCUAUAAUUAAUUUUUAUAUUUUUGUGGAAAAUUUUAUAAGAGAUUGUUGUUGAGGGGACGCAUCCGUAUAUCAAGAUAUUCUUGGAUAAUCACCAAUUGGUUGAUUCUUUUUGCAAAGAUUGGUGCUUAUCGUUGAAAACCGAUCAAUCUAAAAGAAAUUUGUUGGUUUGGCAUACAGGGCCAAGCCAGGUUGUGGAUUCUUAGAUGAUAUGCAGCAGUUACCUGAGGACAUUGAUUCUGCAAGGAGGGCAUAUUGGGAAACCUGUGGAAGGGUUGUUGCAGUUUGCAAAAUUGAAGAGAAGUCUGAAGACCAUUCCUUUAGUGGCAUUUUCUUCUGAUCACAAGUGGUUGACAACUGGGAAAAGGAUGAUGGCUGCAGGUGCAACCGGGAGUCGGGGUUUGAUUGCUGAUGCUUUGACAGAGAAGGAUAGUGAUGGUUCAUAUACAAGUGGAGGUUGGAAGAGUGAAGAUGGAAAAAUUGAGCUGCGGUUAUUCAAGUUUCAGAGGUAA